AUGUCUCAACAGAGUUCUAAGCAAUGUAAUUUAUGUGGACAAAUAUUUUGUUCAAAAUGUAUUCAAAAAACCACAAAUUUCAUUCAAUUGAAUAGUUUACGUUCAUGUACAACUUGUUUAUUAAUUACGAAUGAACGUACAACUUAUGAUCAAUUAGCAUCUAUUCGUAUAAAAUAUCUUCGUGCUUAUCUUAUUCAUUCCAAAACAGUAUCUUUGAAUCGUGUUGAAACUUGUUUUGAAAAACAAGAUUUAAUUAAUUUAAUUCUAUCGGUAAAAAAUCAAAUACCUGAGGAAAAUUAUGUUUUUGUCGAACGACCUACGACAAUAAAUAUUCAAACAUCAAAUGAUAAUACAACAGCAAUAAAUAUUGAUAAUAAUCAACCAAUUCAACAAUCCACAAUAAAUACAGAUGAACACAUAUCAUCACUAAAUGUCAAUUCUACACUUCCCACUAAUGAGUCAGAAACGGAAAUUCCUAUUGAAACAACAUUAUCAUCAAACGUCGAUUCUUCAAGUUCAACAAAUGAAUCAGAAAUGAAAAAUCCAAUAGAAUGUUCUCCUUCAAAGAUAAAUUCUAAUCGUAUAACUCUUAAUGAUGUUUCAUCAUUACAAUCAAUUAAUGAUUUAACAAUUCGACAAUUAAAAGAUAUUCUAAAACAAAAUUUUGUGUCCACGACGGGAUGUGUGGAAAAAAAAGAAUUAAUUAAUAAAGUUGAAUUACUUUUUCGAGAUCAUCAACAACAAAAAGAAUCAAAUAUAAAUAUUGCUAAUGAACAAUCAGAUGAAAAUCUAUGCAAAAUAUGUAUGGAUGCGAAUAUCGAUUGUGUCUUUCUUGAUUGUGGUCAUUUAUGUACAUGUGUACGUUGUGGUAAACAAUUAUCUGAAUGUCCACUAUGUCGAUCUUAUAUUAUACGUGUCGUACGUGUUUUUAAAAGUUAA